AUGUCGUCGCCAAAGGCCCUCAAUACCACUGAAAAACCUGCCAUUCAGGGGGGUUUCCGGCCUUCUCAGGUCUCAUGCUCGCGUUUUGCGCCAUGCCGACGCCACUCCCGCUCUAGAGGGGCUAACAGAGCUGUCUUCUCGUCCUUGCCCUUCUUCCCCCCCUCUCGCCCUUGCUAUCCUCCCCCACAUUUCUCAACACCAACCCUAUACCCACACCACAUCCGCUCCCCCGUGUUUUCUUCCCAUCCCGCCAUAACCUUUCAAACCCCCUCCGUAGCCUCAACGUACGAAUAUCCUCUCAGCUUCUGCCUUUCGCAUCUGUAUCUUUCCUUGCCCCCUCCACCUUUCAUCCUCACUCGUCCAGCCCCCCCGUGCAUCCUAUACUUACGUAUCACGACACGACAACACAAAUACUCUCAAACGUCCCCCAGCAUCAUUCUCUUUCACAAUCGGCUCUUCCCCUCAAAGUUAUCCCACUUUGCAUCCCUUUCCCCAUCCAUUGCCGCACGUCUCUCAUCUUAUCCACUCUCUGGCACCCAUCGGUUGUAUCGCACUCCCUACACCUCACCGCAGCCUACUCUGGCCUCAUCUCUCUUGGCUCAACUUCGUUCCUCCCAGCUUCGCAAAGCCAUCCUUGAGACACCUCUCACCGCAUCUCAGGCUGCAUUCGCCUCCUUACCGCCGCAUCUGCGAUGACAAAGGAGGCCGCCCCCGUCUGCGGUGCCGUAACCCGGAAAGGCAGCCUCUGUCAGAACACUCUGGUCACCGGUUGCGGCCGUUGCCCCGUACAUGCUUCCCAACUGCGACUGGCACAUGUUGCUGGUAAGCCCACGCCGCAUUGUAUGAAGAAGAUAUAUUCGAAACGAAUGAGUUCGUCUAUAAGAGAUGGACUUCAUCGAGAAAUCGAACCCGGUGUCCUACAGACUCCGGAUCAUUCUACGACGCGAACUAUUCUCCAUCAUCCCUAUCAAGAAGUAAGCGCCAGCUUACGGAAUGAUUCAAAUUCUGUGAUCAGUCCAGGGCAGCCGUUUGAUCCGGUCAACAGUGUCUUCCAUACUCCAGUACCAACAACGUUUCAAAACACAUUUGGUACGAAAGGGGAAGUGGCAAUUCAUGAGAUAUUCCCUCACCAAAAGAAUCAUUGCUCUCCGGUUACGCCCGACAAUGUAGAAACAUCUACGAGGCUGGACUUUUUCUCCCCUGCUGACAACGAUGCUCCAGAGGAGCAGCAGUUUAACAACGAGGAUGUCUUGCAAGGCCACGUUGAUAGCACUUUGGAAAACAUGGAAUAUGGAGAUUUGGGAGACAUCUCCGGACCUAAAGGAACUAUGGCAGAACCUAUUAACUUCAGCAGCGGACUCAUUUGAAGUUGAUUCAUUCCGUUCUCCUACGCUCCUUUCACCAAUUCACGCACCAAAGACCGCAAACAAGUAAGCGAUGAAAACAUGCAUAGCGUGAGCAGGAAACUAUUGCUCAGUCGAGAAGCGGUCUAUAUCUGAAUCGAAGCGUCUUCUCUUGAAUCGCAUAAUUCUACACGAAGCGAGCAAAAACUCUUCUUCGCCAGCGAAACUCGGCCGCGCCGCUUAAGAUUUUGAUUCGAAGAGAGUCGAGAGAGGCCUCCCUGGAUACAUCGACCGCGAGCCUGGACAUCACCGGUUCCAUUCGAUUUUGACGCACUUCGGAACGCACACGCCCAUAGGCCUUUCCUGCGAGGACUAGGUAGGAAUAGGAUGGUGCUUGACUGUUCCAUUAAUGACCCGACUUGCAAUCGUUUAAAAUUCAAUUUGUUUCCCGUGUUGUUGAAAGAGAAAAAA